CCGCGCCCGCGCCCGCGCCGGCGCCGACGCCGGGACCGGACGCGGACGCGGCGCUCGUCGCGGCUUCGAAUGCGACGACCAUAGCGGGCGCGCGCGCGGCAGCGGUGGACGGCGGCGGCGUGAUACCGCCGCCGGAGCCCGCUCCGGGACCGGACGCGGACGCGUCGGCGCACGACGACGACGACGCCACCGCGGACGCGUACGACGACGAGGGAGAGGGGACGAACGCGACGGCGGCGGCGGCGGCCGACGCCGACGACUCGGCCGACGUCGGGUGGACGCCGAAGAAACCGGAAGGGUACGAAGACGGCACGUUCGGGUACCACUACGCCGCGGCGAGGAACGCGUGGGAGGGCACCGCGACGCCGGUGACGCGGCCGAUUCAAAACGCGCACGCGUCCGCGAAGAACGCGCUCGCGCGACGCAUGGGAUGGGAUCCCGACGACCCCGAGGUACAGCUGUACUUGACGCUGCUCAUGCUCCUGCCGAUGCUGCCCAUCGCGCUCACGUGCGCGUGCUGCUUCAAGGUGAUCAGCCGUAACUUGACCCUGCACGGCGCGGUCAGGCAGGCGUGCGUGUACUGCGCGUGCUUCAACGCGUGUCUGCUCGCGUCGCAAGUCGUCACCGGCGCGGAACCGUUGGGAUCGUACCGAGAGUCCUCCGGGGAUAAGGCGUACGUUCGGUAUCAGAUCGUGGUCUUGAUCGUGUACGUCUUACACGCGAAGCUCACGGUCGCGAACGCGUUCGCGUACGCGCUGUGGUGGCCGUGCGUGGCGCAGUGCGUCGCGAUCGCGUGCGUCGGGUUCCACUACUACUUUAGCGCGUGGCACCCCGCGAUGGUCGGGGAGUCCCCGAGGGUCGUCGCGGGGUUGCCGACGGGGGCGGCGACGUACGGGACGUACGCAGUGGCCUACGCCGCGAUGGCCGCGGUGCCGAUGCGGACGGCCGCGAGGAAGCCGGACUUUAAAGUGGAGAUGCGGCGCGGCGAGGGCGCGAAGUUGAUGGGCGCGGACGCGAAAGAGCAGGACUGAUGAAGCGCCGACGCUCUCGUCGUCGACCAGACCGUCUGGUUUUUUAUUUAUUUUCUACGAAUAUGAGUAACGUGUUCUUAAGCGUC